CGCAAAGGGUUGUCUUUGUUUGCGAUAAAGAAGGGUCUCGCCGCCAACAGCGUCGAUGUGGACAAGUACGGCCACCUGAUCAGGAUGUGCAUCAAGAGGAGAUUAGUAAACGGUUUACUGGUCCAGAACAAGGGCUCCUUCAAGACCGGCAAGGGAGAAGCGGCCGUGAAAUCAGUAAAGAAAGCGAAGAUUUCAGCAGCCAAGCCAUCCAAGAGCAAGAAACCGACGGCCAAGAAACCCCCGACCAAGAAAUCACUGGCAAAAAAACCUACCCCCAAGAAACCAGCGGCCAAGAAAGUUGGGGUCAAAAAACCAGCGGUCAAGAAAGUUGGGGUCAAGAAAGCAGUGGUCAAGAAAGUUGGGGUCAAGAAACCAGCGGCUAAAGUAACGGCGGCGAAGAAAGCAUCGCCCAAGAAGGCGGCGACGAAAACCCCCCAAAAGGCAGCAAAGAAGCCGGUAAAACGCCAGGUGAAGGCGAAAUCCAAGAAGGCAGCGACCAAAAAGUGAAAUAAAAA